ACUCCCGCCGGCGGCUGGGUUCUCCCGGAGGUGCGCCCGAUCGCGGCGGCCGCCAACAUGGCCGAGACGAGCGAGGAGGUGGCGGUGCUGGUGCAGAGGGUGGUGAAGGACAUCACCAACGCCUUCCGCAGGAACCCGCACAUAGAUGAAAUUGGCCUGAUCCCAUGCCCUGAAGCAAGAUAUAACCGGAGUCCCAUAGUCCUGGUUGAGAACAAACUUGGUGUGGAGAGCUGGUGUGUCAAGUUCUUAUUACCAUAUGUCCACAACAAGCUCCUUUUGUACAGAACAAGAAAGCAAUGGCUAAACAAAGAUGAAUUGAUAGAUGUCACUUGCACCCUGCUGCUUCUCAACCCAGACUUCACCACCGCAUGGAAUGUGAGGAAAGAGCUCAUCCUUUCUGGCACUUUAAGUCCAAUCAAGGAUCUACAUCUGGGAAAAUUGGCCUUAACUAAGUUUCCUAAAAGUCCAGAGACAUGGAUUCACAGGCGCUGGGUGCUGCAGCAGUUAAGUCAGGAGACUUCCUUGCCUUCUUCUGUGGCCAAAGGAAAUUUAGGACCAGUUCCUGUAGAGAGGACACAGCGAAUAAUACAGGAAGAGAUGGAAGUCUGCGGUGAGGCAGCAGGAAGAUAUCCCAGCAACUAUAAUGCCUGGUCCCAUCGCAUCUGGGUUUUGCAGAAUGUGGCCAAGCUGGAUCUCAAGGUCCUUCUUGAUGAGCUCUCGUCUACCAAACACUGGGCGUCCAUGCAUGUUUCAGACCACAGUGGAUUUCACUAUCGCCAGUUUCUGUUAAAGUCUUUGAUUAGCCAGACUGCGAUGGGCGCUUCUGUACUUCAGCAAAACUCUUUGAAAAAUGAGCCAAAAGAUGAAGAAGCAACAGUUUCAACAGAGGAGCCAAGGAUAAAUCUUACCCAGCUCCUAGAAGAAGAAGUGGAAUUCUGCACAGAUCUUAUUAAUUCCUAUCCAGGACAUGAAACCCUUUGGUGUCAUAGGCGUCAUGUUUUCUACCUUCAGCAUCACUUAAAUGGCAGGUAUCCGCCCAGCGUGGCUCACCUGUCACCUGCAGACUGCUCUGGGGGCGCUUUGAAUGACUUGCACCUGGUUCCAGCAAGCCCCCAACUAUCUCAGGCAAUGGAAGUGGAUGGACUGAAUGACUCUAACAAACAAGGCUAUUCCCAGGAAACUAAGCGCCUGAAGCGGACCCCAGCUCCAGACUCUCUAGGCCUAGAGAUGGAGCACAGGUUUAUCAAUCAAGUAUUAUCCACUUGUCGGAAUGUAGAGCAAGCCAGGUAUGCCAAUGCAUACAGGAAAUGGCUGGUGACUUUGAGUCAGUAAGAAGGGUGGAUCCAUCCUAAGGAAUUCCCCUUUUAGUGCAAUAUUGCUUUCCUUUCUCAAUGCCAUAGUUGCAUGAACUGGCUGGCUAACUAUGUAUUCUUCAUCUAUAGCUUAAGAAACCUUUUGUUUUAUUUAUUUUGUUAAGAACCGGCAUUCCUUUGGGUACAAAAUAAUUGUAUAGCUCCUUCUUGCUAAACCGUGAGUCUUAAUUUUUUUUUCUGUUUGAUUCCUUGCCCUUUAUAUUUCAAUAUUAGGGCUUCUCAUUUGGUUCUUGAGAUUGGCUCACAUACCUUUCUCACCUCGGUUCAGUUGCUACAUAAGAGUUUCUUUAAAAAUUGAAAUUUUAAGUUACAGUUCAGCUAAUAAUUUUAAUACAUGUGCAGAAGGACUUGAUCUGAUUGCAAUUUUGAGAAUAAAAUGGCUAGAUGGAUGGAUAUGUAAAAAUCUAAGCCACUUCUUUCUCAAGCUUGUUCUCCAGUUACUAACUAAGAGAACCAAAGCCAGGAGAGGUUAGAAUUUAUAUAGAAAAAAAAAUGCUUCCAAUGUAAUCUAUUUUUUAAAUGAUUAUUUAAAAGAAACUAAACUAAUUUAAGAGUUUAUGUAAUUGUAGUACUGGAAAAUUAUUUUUAUUACUAGCUUUGAUAGAUUGUUUUUACCUCAUAUUUGGUAUAUGCCAAAACAGUAAGUCAGCCCUUAUAAAAUAAAUUCUUUUUUAAAAAACCCAGAAAUGCCAUUUUUAGUUAUUGCUACUUUUUUUCCUUCUAAAAUCACUCAUGAAAAGUGGGAGAAAUCUACAUAGAAAUGUAGUCUUAUAAAGCUUUUUUUAAAAAAUUUUUUUAAGUUACUGAGCUUAUACUGGAUAAACUGCAAAGUUUUUGUCAAGUAGCUAGUCAAAGUUUACUGGUAAAACCCAGGGAGGAAGGCUAGUUUUCAGCAUUAGUUAAAUUUUUACUUUUAAAAUAAAACAAAACACUUUGAUACUAAAUUCAUCAGGGAUAAGUACCAAAGUCCACACUAUAGCUAUAUCUCAAUAACAAGGGCUGUUUUUCAGGUUGGUGAAGCGGGGUGGGAAUGGGUCAUGCACCGUCUCCGUCUCCCUUACUACAUCCACGCCUUCGGAUGAGCUGUGCUUCCCUUCUCUCUCUCUCAGUCCAUUCCAUACCUUUAAUCACGCACUGGUCCAUGGUUAUUUCUUGUAUGUCUUACUUUUUUUUUUCAGGGAUGCCCACUGAACCCAUUAUCUAUCUUAUGUCAAUGAAUUUAAUACCUAUAUAUAAACACAGGAAGUAUGAAUAAGAGGUGCCCUCUCAUGUUUCCUUUUAAUGGUUGUCUUGGUUAGGGUUUCUGUUGCUAUCAUGAAACACUAUGAAUAAAAGCCACUUGGAGAGGAAAGAGAUCACCUGCACUUCCAGGUAGCAAAUAAUACAUCACUGAAAGAAUUCAGGGCAGGAACUCAAGCAGGACAGGUACUAUAGGCAGGAGCUGAUGCAGAGGCCAUGGAGGAGUGCUGCUCACUGACUUGCUCUCCAUGGCUUGCUCAUUUGGCUUUCUUAUAGCACCCAGGACCACCAGCCCAAGGAGUGGCACCACUCACGCUGAUCUGGACCCUCUCCCAUCAAUCACUAAUUAAGAAAAUCCCCUGUAGGGUUGUUUACCUCCGGUCUUAUGGAGGCAUUUUCUCAAUUGAGGCUUUCUUCUUAGAUGACUCUAGCUUGUGUCAAAUUGACAUGAAACUAAGCUAGCACAAUGGUGGAAGCUGUCUCUUGUCCUGUAUAUGUUAAAAUGUAAACAAUGAUUGCAGAAAUAAGCACUGCCAUCGUGUUUUGCAUGUUCUCCUCUUUCAAACUUAGUGCUAUAUAGCAUAGGUAGAGGGACAGGGGAAAAGCAAACUGCUCCCGUCUCACUCUAGUGAGAACUUGCACUUGAGUUUGGCACACUUAGUAGGGCUUCAUGGUCUUGCUGGGUGGCAGACAGCUAAGCUGAGUGAGGCACUUAGGAAACUAGAAAAAGUUUCUACUGACCCCAGUACUUAGAUCUUACUCUCUUGGGGCCAAAUUAUGUGUAGUGUUUUAUAGUAUUUAGAAAAUAAAACAUUUAACAUUGCAAACAUAAUUCCACAGCCUUCUAUAUACAAAGCAUUUUGAAUCAUCAAAUACCUCAAGUUCUAUAUGGAUCUCUAUAGGGAGACCAUUACCUGAUGUCCAGCUCCUCUGAGAUUAAGUGGAAAUGACACAGCAGUUCCUGCUGCAGAAUCCUGUCUUCACCCGCUGUUACCUGUUAUCCCAGCAUCCUUUUUAGUGUCCCAAGUAAUAGGACUUAUAUUUGAUGUAGUGUGUCAGGACAUGAACAUAGGAUAUGCCGUAUGAUCACCAGAUAAAAUUUUUAUAGUGUUCUAUGCCUUUUUGUAUCUCCUACUCAGCAUCUUGGUCGUUUUUGACCUUAUGUCUUCUAAGGCUCAGCCCAUCUCUUCCUGAAGCCAUGGAGUCCAUAUACCGUGGUUUCUUCCUAGUAAAGUAGGAAGUAGGUAGCAAAAAUACAGAUAUCUUACAAGAUUCUAUUAGUGUGUGGCUUUUGUAUGCUAUAUUAUUUCUGAAACUAGCAUUUUCAAAAGUUCAUUCACAGGACUAAGGAUUUCCCCAUAUGUUUUCCCUAAGUGUUUGGCAUUUACCCUCUCUAGCAAGCUACUGUGUCUUUGACCAAAUGAACUAAUGCAGUAGAAAUAAUAUAUAUAACUGAGGGACUUCUUUAGUCAUAGCCUUCUGUACCUAAGUUGUUGCUAAAAGAAAAGAUAGUUUAGACUGACACAUUGCGUCUGAUCUUUACUGGAAAACUAGUAGGCCAUUAUAGCAUCCCACAGGAUGCUAAACUUGACUCACGGAAGUGGUAAGAUCUGUGGCUUUCACCACAACUCCACCUGUGUAUUUUGGUAAUUGUAUUUCCAGGAUAUACCAUACGCCUUGCACAUUAUAAGGACUUAAUAGCUAUUUAUUAAGUUAACUAAUUCACUCUUUGAAGAUGGGAAAGGUUCAUUGUGAAUGAUGGAAUAAUGAUCAAGAAGUUAGUGAGUUAUAAGUGAGUGAUGUGGACUAGCUUCCUUAAUAUUUAAAUGAGAUUUGAUGUCUCCCUUACCUUGUUUAGACUUGUUAACUCUCAGCCGUGAGAUGGAGCUCUAGAAUUCCCUUAGCUGUUCGUUUGUCUGCACUAAAAACUCUCAGAGUCAAUAAGCUCCACUUGAUGAGAAUAUUGUUUUUCACUAGAUGAUGUUGAAGGGCAGAUCUUGCAUACAUUUGAACAGCCGGAGUGGUGCUUGGAUUUAGAGACUUGUUGAUUUGUAUUUGUUCAUGAGUCAUCCCGAUCCCCAACGUGAACUGCGGACCUUUUAUGUACUCCUUGAACCUGUGUGAGAUAUUAUUUUUAAACCCAAGGAUUUUAUACCUAUUACUCUACCCUAUUACUUCUAUAGAAGCUCUGGGCCCAGACAUUUCUUACUCCUGUGGCACAUUUCUAGCUUAAGCUAGAUGCUUCAUUAAUUCUUCUCCCUUUGUUUUUGCCGGUGCUGAGGAUCAGGCUGAGAUCAAAUCAGUCGUAGAAUUAAAUGUGUACAGAUUAUCACCAAAAGCCACUUAGAGUUUCAAAUAAGGGCUACAUAACAUGCAAUGUGGAAGCAAGUUUUUGAGUUUAUGUGCAGCAGUCUGCAGAAAGCAUGUGUGUAAUAGACGUUGUCAUUUAGCUAAUGUUCAGAUAGUCUCAGUUCAUGCUGGGUGUGUAUGUGUAGAACUCGCUACAAAUUGUCAGUCUUGCAGUUUUCUCUUACACAGAGCAAGGUGUUGUCUGACGUAGGCCAAAUGUAACUUAGGCGUGAACCCACCACCAUACAGACACCUCAAUUGGCUCCCUAAGUUAGGGACAAUUCAGCAGUAAAAUUCUUCUUUUUUUUCUAGAAAGAUUCUUGGGUUUACUUUAAAUUUUUUAAAUGCUUUAUUCUAAAAAUUUUGAACAUUGUAAAAACCAUAUCUUUUGCAAUAAAAUUGCAAACCCUAGCACUAUGUAUGCCCCCUGCCCCCAACACACAUUGUCUGUAAUGAGCGCCUGCGUAUUAAAGAAGCAUGUGAGGUACAACUUCAGCAAACUCAGUCUCAUGGGAGCAGUGUGCAAGACAAAGCCACCCAGGAGUUCCACACAGUGUCUGUCACACAGUGUCUCCUCUACAGUAACUAUGUUAACUUGAGUGCCUUUCUUACAUGGAUGUGGGGAACAAGGUUAUUUUAUACUGAACUCUUGUGUUUAGCUAGUAAACAGGAAAGAAAUCUUAUCAGACAGCUCAUUAUGAUGCAUUGAGAUACUGACUCAAACAGGGUCUUGUGAUUUCUGUUUCAUUAAUUGGCAGUUUUUGAGUGCCAUGCCAAGAAUACCGAGACUUGGAAUUCGUCCUUUCCCUUUGAGGAGUUUUGGGGGCAUCAUAAUUACAGGACAGUGUGUACACAAUUAAAGACACAUAAAGUCUGUGCAGCCUGUCCUCAAAGGAGAAAGGCACCCAGCACACCUCACAGAGCAGGUGGUUGUCCCAAGUAACCCUUUGCCUUAUUCAGAAGACUUCCCUCCCCAAAUUCAGGCAUGGGGUAGGAUAGAUAAAAGGGGGAAACUGGGUCUUGUUAAUACCAAAAGAAAAGUGGUAAAUACUAAGAUGAAAUUUCAAGUUUUAUGUAUUUCUCUGUGGAAUGGGAGGUAAGGAUCAUCAUAUCUAAUCAUAGCAAGUAAUUUUUCUUUAUAGUAAAAAUUACAAAGUACUUUGCAGACAAUUCUUGAAUAAUAUAUCUCUAAUUAUGUUGUGUUCAUAACUGAUGUAGUAACCAGUGUAUCUUGUGUGGAUUUAGUGUGAGAGGAAUUCUCAGACUCUCAACUUUGACUUCUUUACCCUCUCAGACCAUCCCUGUUACUACAGAACAACCAGAGACUGUUCGCUUACAAAUACAAGGCAGUUCAGUAGAUCUGCUCAUGAAACAGUGUGCUUCGAAGGGUAUUAACUGUAUGUGGUUUGGGCUUCCUGUACAACAGUGAGAGCAAAAAAGCUAACCCUGACAUUCAUUAGUCCAUUGUUGUUCCUCAACAACAAAUUUAGAACAAAAUUUUAUAUUCUAUUGCCAAAAAGAAGAAGCAAAGUUUUCUAAGUACAUUGCUAGCUAUUGAACGUAAAUAUGCAAAAGCUAAUACGCACAGUCUUGCUGCUUGUCCUGUAGUUGUGUUGUGAAUGUUAUCAUAAAUGUCACUCAUGAAAAGAAUUUCUGUAUUAUAGUUCUAUUUUGGGGAAGUGUAGAAGAUUAUAUUCUGUUUCAGUUGACAUUCUCGGCCUUUAAAAAUCAUAUUGAGGUAAAUAAUUGCUGUUGUUUUCCAAAUUGACAGCUGUUUUGCCUCUUAAGGCUUCUUUUUUCUCUGCAAGUGUGAGAUACAAGACCCAGACAUGUUCAGAACAUCACAUAAUGCCUUGCAUGUUGUGGAAAACUAGCAAGUCAGAACUGAUAAAUACUGGAGAAGGAUAUUAACAUAUCUCUCUCAUUGUUGUCCACAUUCUUAGUUUUGGGUGUACUAUACUAUUUCGUAUGAAAAAUACAUUCUCGGGGCUGGAAAGAUGGUUCAGAAGUUAAGAGCACUGGUUGCUCUUCCAGAGGUUCAGGGUUCAAUUCCCACAUGGCAGUUUAUAACUGUCUGUAACCCUAUUUCCAGGGGAUCUGAUGCAUAGACAUACAUGCAAGGCAAGCCAUCAAUGCACACUAAUAAAAGAGUAAUGUAAGAAAAAAUACAUUCUCAAGUUUAAAUAUACAAGGCAAGAUCAUGUAACAUUGCAAGCAGAGUUGAGGUCUUUCCAGGUAUCUGAAUGUAUGUGUGUGCACAUACAUCUAAAAAGAUCAACAUACAUGAUCUUUUUCUACAAAAUAUUUUAUCCCUUGAAUUUUUAUUUUUAUAUUUUCUCAAAGUUUCUUAUUUAAGGUGAUUUUCUUCACUGACAGCUUCCUCCAGCAAAGUUGGCAACUGACCUAAGUGUCCACUUGCCUUAUUAAAUAUUUGUGAGAACUGUUUAUUAGGGGUUUGGUGAUUUAUAAACAAUGUUAUUCUGCUUUCUUCCAUCUCUUUAAGGAGUCAGAUUUCAUUUCACCUUCCUCAAAGCACUGUGCAGCAUACAACAGUAUCUGCUCAUGUUUAUAAAGUGAUAGAUAAUACAUAUGAGUUUGGUUUUUUUAAUGUGCCACUGGGAAGUAUACUAAUGUCAGCUCACACAUCACUCCCCUGGAAACAUUCAUUUAUUCCUACACCCAGUGUCAUGUAUUUGAAGCAGUCAGCUUUUUGUUGGUUAAGGAAGUGGUAUAGGUGGAGUGCAGAUAUGGAGUACUUAGUCAGCUAUUACUCUAGCAUCAAACUUAACAGCUCUCACCAUGGAGACCAUUGCCAUCUCUUCACUGAAGACUAUAACUGUAGAGUGUUGUGUUGGACACUGAAAAAUGCUAUUACAUGACAUGAAUUAUUAUACUUGUUUGUUUAGGCUGCAGUUAGAAACAUAAUAAAAACAUUCUUUAAUAGAACCAUGGAUGAAAAUGGGAGUUAUAAAAAGUUUAAGCAGUAGCUUGUUGUGCAAGACACAGGUAAUAAAUGCCUUUAAAUAUUGGCAGCUGAGUGCUUAAAGGAGCUGUGGCCAUCUUCUGUAGCCUGCACAUGCACUAGUAUAUACAGAACUUUCCAGCAGAGACUCUUGAUUUCACCCUAAUUCUCAGUUGCCCUCUGGUGCCAUAAAAGUGAUAAUGAUAAAAUAGGAAGUUGGGCAUGGUGACUUCAUAAAUUUUCUGGGAAUAUGUUUGACAUGAGGAAGAAAAAUCUUAUCAAUGAUAUUGUAGUUUGAGUACCUGUUCUGAGUUGACCUGAUGCAAAAGACUUAAACAGUUUUGAACUAAACAUUCCUACCUGAACUGUGAGGAAGUGUGUGUGUAGUGCAAGUAUAAAUGGCUUUGCCUCCCAGUGAGUUUGCUGAUGCAUGAUCGUGUCACUGGCUGGAGUCAGCUCUAUUUUUUAUGUAUUUUGUUCUAGGAGAGUAAUGCAGUGUACACUAUACUAGGUCACAUUACUGUUUGUGAGCUGAAAACAAAUAAGAGAUGAGGUGUUAUAAGGACCCCCAAAUAUUUAUAUACUGUUACAAAAACAAAGAGAAGGACUUUAAAAGUACAGCAAUGACUAUUUCUAUUGGUAUGCUCGUUAAUGGCUUAGUUUAACAUUAUAAAACUAAGGGACUUUCACUGAAGAGAAAGAUCUCAGAUACUAUACUAUUAUAAGUCACCAUCUGUGUUAAGUUUGCAUUGCUAGUAGAUUUUCUAAAAAGUGUUCAGUAAGGCUGCAGUUAACAUUGGACACAUUACCAUGCUCCAUGGUGCACCAUCAGUUCCUGGGCAUUAAGUAUUAGUUAGGCUAGCUCUAUUUUCCUGGAGACUCUGUCUUCACUGAUAGUACUUCCCUACUAUAACAGUCUGCUUCUAAGUUCCUUUAGCUCUAUGUAUAGCAAUCCACAGUUUUAAAAGGAUUAAACCUCUUGUGAAUACUUUACAGUUACAGUGUAUACCCUGGAGGGGAAUAAGAAUAAAUUUUGUAAAAAAAAAAGGUAUGUUCAAAGUACACUUGUGAUAUUUUGGGAUUUAGUAUCCCGGACUGAUUAAAUUAUGCUAAAUUCUAAGAUUAUCACUUGGACUUUUGGCUAAGAUUAAAUGUAAAUUCUAAGAGUAACAUAAUUAUGUAUUGUUUAUGGCUGUGGUAUUCAAUGGAAAUGUAAUGUGAGCCAAAACAGAAUUAUAACUUUCUAGUAGCAAUGUUUAAGAAGUGUAAUUAACUUUAAUAAUAUAUCUUAUUUAACUUAAUCUAUUAAAAUACUAUUUCAAUAUUUGUUAAUCAAUAUAACAAAAUUAAGGAGCUACCUAUCUCCUUUUUUUCUCUUUAUAUUAGUCUUCAGAGUUCAGUGUGGUCUGCACUCAUUGUCCCUCCACUCUGGCUAUGUGUCCUGUCCUCAGGCUCCACAUGGGGCUAGGUGCUGCUACAUCAGUAGUGCAGACUGAUAGGGUACAAAGUAUGAAUCUGUUUAAAUUUUGGAGGUAACAAGUAGACAUGAAAUUUCAGUACUUUAAUGAUUAUUUAGAAUACUUAGAAAGAUACCUAAUGGCAUUUUCUUUCAUUUUAAUUUAAAUUUGCUCUAGAAAUUGGAUUGACCUGAUCCAGUUUGCCAAGCAUUAUUUGAAGAGGAGGAAAUCCUGUCCCAUGUAAAAUACCAUAUGUACUGUUAUACAGUACUGAUGGUGCAAUAACAACAGUUUUCAGUUUUCACUAAAGUCUAUCCUGUUUCCUCAAAAUAAUAGCCUAAUUUGCAUGCUUAUUGUAUAUCUGUACCUAUUUGUUUUCUAUUAUUCUUGUCAUAUAAUGAUGUAUGUUGACCAGCAGCCCUAGGAUUCUAAUCUAUGCAGCCACCUUCCAGAACAUAAUGAUGUACUUAUUAGAUUAUGAUAAAUGGCAGAGAAAUAGGAUGAACCAUUUCUUUUCCCAUUAGAUCUGUUUUUAACAUGGAGCCAUGUACCAAACCAGCUGUAAAUUACUGUAUUUGUGUAGACUAUGGAAAUGGUGUUGUCUUUACUGAUGUCUAAGUAAACUUUACCUCUCCUAAAACAA